UGCGCGCCAGAUAGAAGCAGGCGCGCGCAGUGGUACGGCAGGUUUGGAUGUGUGUGUCUGUCUGUGUGUGUGAGAGGCUGCGUGAGUGAGUGUGUGUGCCUGUGUGUGUACUCAACAACAGAGAAACCAUCGAGGUGAAUGGAGAAGGCGAAGAAAAUACGUUUGGAAGGAUAACUUUCAGUGAGCAAGAAGUAAAACUCGACCGCCUCUCCAGGACAAUGGAAUUGAAGUAAAGAUGAUUGCUGUCUGAUUUGAAGUAGGACUGCGCAAAGCUGUCCAGCCACAUUCAUGGCGCUGAAUGAUUAGGAGUGGAAACGACAGCGGCAGCAAAGGAGCAGGAUAACACUGGCGCUCAUUCAUUUCCAAACUGAAGUUUUAAAAUGAUCAAGGCGGAGAGCAAAGGAGAGAGGAGUCUGAGAAGCGCAUCCCCGCAUAGAAAUGCAUACAAGUCUGACUUCCAUGCCAUUAAAUGCUCUUUUGAUGGUUCGAAAUCCGAUGGCGCCCCCAAGUCAUAUGCAAAUGGUUCCAGCGACUCCCGGGAGGACACGAGGGGGAGACCCUUUGGGAACAGGGUCAACAAAAUCAAGAAUAUAUUCCUGCAGAUGGAUGGGCAGCAGCAAGACACCCAAGAGGCAAACAAAAGUGUAGCGAAAACCGAGGCAUCCCCAGUGUCCCCCACAAAAUAUACUACAGGCAGCACACACAAGCUCAACUCAAGCAGCACCGCCACUACUCCAGAGGCGCAUGGUUUGGAGAAGACUCCAAAAACGGAAGAUGCCGAGAUUGACAAAGUGGCGUUGGCAGAGAAAUUCUCGUCAACCAGGAAACUUUUUGAAAGAGGCGUCAAAGACCCACCAUCAGCUGAAAGGCUUACACCAGGCAAAUCUUUUGCCAGACUAUCCCAGGGAAGCGUUUCUGAGGAUACCACCAGGGGAGGAAGAAGGUCAACAAGCUCAGUUGAGGGAAAUGGCAGUAGUGGCAAAACCGAGCACAGUCCAACCUCCCCUGUGAAAACUCCUUCUGAUGAGAAAAGGGAUGAAGAGAGCAAGCAGGCAAACCGUUUAUCAUUAAACGCUGGCCCCAUAUCUAGGAGGCUUGAUAAUUUCAUGACUGACAGUGAUGGCGAAGAAUCUGUUAGAGCGUCCAGCAAAAACUCAGAGGCAACAGUGAAACUUAGGAGUCCACUCCAAUGCUCAACCCCCAUUUCAUCUGCGAGGGAUAGGGACCAUUCAAACAAGCCAACGUCACCACUUGCUGAUUGCACAAACAAAACUGCCACCUCGCCAAUUUCUGAUGCAUGGCAAAAAGCAACAUCUCCUGUUACCCCCGUGUCAUCCAAAACCGUGUCUUCUGUUACCGGAGGGUCCUACAAAGCAUCCUCAUCCAGAACUGGGCCAAGUGAGCCUACAUCACCAACCGGCCAAAGCUCUUACAAGCGAUCAGCAUCAUCCUCAUCAUCAUCAUCAUCAGCAGCAGCAGCAGGUGAGGGUGUUGCCAAAACAUCCUCUGGCGUUGACACAGUCAAAGCAGCAACCAGCCCGACUGCAAAGGAGCAGAAGGUCACUCAGUCAUACUCCAGCAGCAGCAGCAGCAGCAGCAGCUUGUUCAACUCUCACCGGGCCAAUAAGGCAGAUGCUGUCAAGAAUGAUAGCCACGUGGUGCGCAGUUCCUCCAGGGACAAGCUGCCUGAGCAGCAGCAGGCCCCGGUGCUGGACCCAGCUGGAGCCGGGGUGGUCCGUGCGGAGCUGGUGGUGGUCCAGAACGAGUCGUCGGAGAGCGACGAGAACGAGGAGGAGGUGAGCUUGUUGGAGGACGGAGUGUUUGCAGAAUCGAAAGAGCAAAAAGAGGUGAAGGCUCCCCUGAGAUCAGCCUCACAGACAGAACUUCCCUCUCCAAAGGAACUGGAGGAGGUCACCAAAGGGUCAGCCACAGGAAGCAAAGCAGCAACAGCAGCAGAGAUCCAACAUGGAGGCAAAGAGGAGCCCAGAGACACCAAGGAGAUGGCGAGACACACAAGUAACCACUGUGAGGAAGAGGAAGACGAGCAGCAGCAGCAGGAGAAGGAGGAAGAUGAGGGAAUCAAACAGGACAAGCAGGAGAACGGAAGCCCAGAUAAGAGCUCACCUGUGGUGUAUGGCAUCGAGAACGCCGCUUUUGUGGAUGACUCAAAGGAUACAGACCAGCCUGAGGAAGAUGAAGAGGAGGAAGAAGAAGAGCAGGAGGAGGAGGAUGAGCCCUAUGAAGACUAUGAUGAGGCCCCUGGACUCUCUGAUGAAGAGGACCCCAAUCCACGCCGGAAAGUCUGCUUCUCCACCCGUCCAAUCAAGGUGUUCAGCACAUACUCCAACGAGGACUACGACCGGCGCAAUGACGACGUGGACCCUGUGGCAGCCUCCGCUGAAUACGAGCUGGAGAAGCGCGUAGAGAAGAUGGACGUCUUCCCUGUGGAGAUGGAGAAAGGAGACAAUGGUCUGGGCAUCAGUAUCAUUGGAAUGGGAGUGGGGGCGGACCAAGGUCUGGAAAAGCUGGGGAUCUUCGUGAAGACCAUAACAGAAGGAGGAGCGGCAGAGAGCGAUGGACGGAUCGGGGUGAAUGACCAGAUCGUGGAGGUGGACGGCAUCAGCCUGGUGGGGGUCACGCAGCUCUUCGCGGCCACCGUCCUGAAGAACACCAAGGGCACCGUCAAGUUCCUGAUUGGUCGAGAGAAGCCUGGUACGCAGAGCGAGGUGGCUCGUCUGAUCAGCGAGACCCUGGAGCAGGAGAGGAACCACCAGCAGCAGCAGCUGGACGACCCCUACGAGCAGUCCACCGAGGAGGACGAUCAUUACGAGGACGAAGACGGUGAGGAGGAGGAGGAGGGCAUCCUGGCGUCCAGCUUCAGCGGCCGCAGCAGAGUGGAGGUGUACGACCUUCCCGAAAACGAGGCCCUGUUCCUGCCCACCAACAUGGACGCUGCCCAGCUCAGCUUCAAGUUCAAAGAGCUCCAGAUCAAGCACAGCAUUGCAGCAGUAGAGCUGAGCCAAAUGAAGGAGAAGCUGCGGGACAUGGAGGACGAGCGGUCGUCGUGGGAGACGCGGGAGGUGGAGCUGCAGGAGAGCAUUGCGGAGAACAGCGACAAGAUGGAGAAGAUGGAAAAGUUCUGGCUGGAGUCGCAGGCCCUGUGCAAGAGCGUCAGCGAUCAGCUGACCGAGACACAGAGCCAGUACGAGGCCCUGGACAAGAAGUACAACAAGGCCAAAAAGCUGCUCAAGGACUACCAGCAGAAGGAGAUCGACUUUGUGAAGCGCGAGGAGGAGCUGAAGCGAGCGCUGGAUGAGAGGGAGGCCUGGUACAAAGGCCAGCUGGACAGCCUGCAGGAGAGGUUAUCGGUAUUGGAGUCGAAGGCCUUCUCCACCGAGGCCUCUGCUUCUCUGCUGGCGGGGGAGAGCCAGAGCAUCAGCCAGGAGGAGGGCAGCCCAACAGAGAACACUCGCUCCACAGACUCACUGCUGCUGGAUGCGGACUGGAAUGAGCUGGUGCCGGAGACGGAGCGUCUGGACACCAGUGCCCACCGUGCCAAGGGCCAGCUGGCCCAGAAGGCCAAGAGGCAGCCGCCCUCACGCACCAAACUCAGAGAAGCGAUCGGGGCAACCUCUUGCCCGUCCGAGGACAAUGAGGAGGAGGAUUCUCCGAGUCCCGAGGUGCCCCGCUUGAGGCGGCGCUCCAUCCAGGAGAGCCUGUCCCUGCCGGUGCCCCUGGGUGGCCAGGCCGGGAGCAACGGCCGCAAGGAGGAGCUGAGCCCAGGGGGGGAGGCUUCAGGCGAGAGCCCCAGUCUCUCAGGGUCCUCCCCGUCCUCCCCGGCGCAGGCCGACCAGAGGGCCAGCAUGGAGAGCGGAGACAGCGGGAGUCUGUCCCCUCCGAAAGACACCGCCGCCUCCCCCAGCUCCCCCUCCGGAUUCCUGAGGAACGUCAAGAAGAGGGAGUCCAAGGGCAAGGGCAAAGAGGCAAGAGAUGAGUCAAAUGAUGGCUCAUCGGGAGGAAAACCAAAAAGGCGCUUUCCUGACUUCGGGGGCCUACGCAAGUCUGGGGGCAAAGGAAAGAAGCACGAUAAACAUGACAAGGAGUCUGUCAGGGUGUCCUUGGACAGCAGGGGUUCAGCCGAGUUGCUGGAGGAUUCUGGGGGUAACGUGUCCCCAACUGACUCCAUCGCCUCUGUGCCCGCGUCCUGCAUGCCCUUCUCCUGGUUUGGGGACAAGGACAAGGAGCGAGGGGGGGACAGAGACAAGGACCCGCUGUCGUCCAACAGCAGCCUGCCGUACUCCACCACCGAGACCAGCAGCGUGCAGAGCCAGGACCGCAAGAAUAAGAGUUUGUCAGUCAUAGACGAUUCAAACCCUGGGAGUCCCAGUUCAGAGUUGACAGGGUUAGUUGCCGAGCCCAAUCUCUCUGGGCGCUCGCACACUCUAACCUUCUCUUCCAACGAGACACUAGACGAUGAGCCCUUCCCCACGGGCAAGGACUACCAGUGGCAGAACCGGCCCGUGUCCGAGUGGACCACACAGCAGGUGUGCCACUGGCUCAUGGGCAUGAACUUGGACCAGUACACGGCCGACUUCACCGCCAAGGCAGUGGACGGACAGCAACUCAUGGGCCUGGACAGCGACAAACUGAAGGCCCUGGGCGUGGCGAGCCAGAGCGACCGCGCCACCAUCAAGAAGAAGCUGAAGGAGAUGCGCAAGGCCCAGGAGAAGAUGGAGAAGCAGCGGGAGAAGAGGGAGAAGGAGGGCCGCCGCAGCGGGAAGCUGCCCCCAACGCCCAACGCCGACUCAGUCUGCUGAGCUGAGCUGAGCUGAACCGCGCCGCGCCCAGAACUGUCUGCUUCAACACCUGGACAUUGUAAUAUAGUUAUCGGUUAGGUCAGUGAUGGGCAACCUGUAUUCAUUAUUUAUACAAUCCAGUGAAAAAAGAGAGAAAAAGUCUGAUUCAACCAGGGUUUUCUGCUGCCACUUGUUUUUAUUUAGAAGGGUGAUUACCCGAAACGUCACAGAAAACUAAAAACAAGUGGGAGCAGAGAACCCUGGUUGAGGCGGACUUUUUCUCUCUUCUUUUAAUCUGGUCAUUUGCUUGUCCUGCUCCCAGGUCAGACAUUUGGAUGUGCGGACUUUAACUUACUCUUUAUACAAUCCAGUGCCACAUGUUUCAAAGGACCCGUUUUUACCCCCACCACCCAAUUCAACUAGCCUGGUUUUACCAGACCACAUUGAUAACUUCGUAAUUACAUUUUGGUCUGGAUCCUCGAUGCCCUGCGGCGCUUGGGUGGAAGGAGUGAGCUCAGCUCUGGUUUGAAAUUAGCGGACCAAUAGUUGACAGUUGACGUUUAUGACGUAUGUUGUUAUGCGCCCAAGUGUGUUCGCUUGUUGGCCGGCCGGACGACUAAACCCUCCCUAUAGAAUCCCCAGAGCAAUCAGACGAAGUAAGUAAUUCAAAAUGAAUGGUCUGGCCUGUCAGGCUACAAUUCAACUAGGUAAUUGGACAGUUUAAUGGUCAUCUUCAACUACUUUACCUGUUGAAUUGUAGAGGUCAAACCAGGUCGUUUAAGAAUAUAUGGCACUGAAUUAUUAACUAAUGGACCCAGGUUGCCCAUCGCUGGGUCAGGUUCUUCAGGAGUCAGAAGACCGGAACUUUCUCUGCUGCCGCCGCCGCUGCUGCUGCUAUAACUACACACAUGAAUUUCACUCAUGACCUAGUCAACUGUGCCGCCCAUCACCCCUCACACACAUUCACACGUCUAGACGGAGACCACAACUGCCAGCCAGUGGAAACCAGUGACUGCACACAGAGACAAUCAGUCGUUAUGGCACAUGAUGCAUCGCUACAGUGUCACGCAGAUUACGCAGCUAGCUAGCUAGCAUGAGGUGGGUGGUGCUGCCUGAUUUUUACAACCCAGCUGUUCGCCUUAACUCAAACACAAGUCGUUUAUUUUUUCAGUUUUGUCAGGUGUUGCCAAAGGAAUGCUUGUUUUUAACCCCAACAGAUCAGUGUGCAGACAGAAGUAAAUGUGUUGAAUCAUUCUCCACAUUUCCAACGCCAACACGUGUGGAGUGUGAUCCAAUCCAAUCAUGCCUUAUACUGACCCCAGUGGAAGAUGAUCAAUGUACAGCAGAGGGAUAGUAUGUAAAGCAAGUGUACUGUAUGUUUGAGAGAGAAAGAAAGAUGAAUGUAGAUGUGUAUUAUGAAAGAAAGCCAGAACAGUGCCUAUUGAUCGAUGGAGGCAAAUGUUUGGACAGGUUAUGAGAUCUUUUUAGGAUAAUUAGUAGGUGUGUAGAUGAUUGUUCAGUAGGUAGUGAUGUUGUUGUUGUUGACUAAUGGACCAAACAAGAGAUUUGUGUAUUAUAACAUAACCACUGUAGCCUAGGGGCUCACCAGCGGAAGAAGCAGGACUUCCUUUUUCGAAAAUAUGAAAGAUCAGCAUAGUGUCCAUAAUUUUGCAGACACAUACAACCUGUGAUGGUUCUUAUGGAUUGCGCCCAGCCUUUUAAAAACGGUUUUAUACGUUAUUUUUGCUAGGAAAACCUGUUUGCCUGUGUCCAUGUACAGAUCAUGUUUUUUGUAGCUGAAACUUUUGUACAGUUGAUAAGGAAGAGCACUAUAUUGUCUUUUAUAAGAUACAAAAUGGGGAACAUGUUUUAAAACAAAUUGUGUAAAUUGAUGGUUUUAUAUAUGAGCUUACUAGCAGCAUACCUUUUUAAAACGCAAAAUUAAUGAUCAGGUUGUGACCUUUUUGACAUUUUCUACUAAGUAGAAUAGCCUGUUGUGUGAGACCUUUUUAAAAAAAUAUAUAAAUGGCUCAGCAAAAAAGGGUAGAGGGUUGAGAUGACAAGUCGUCUUUAAUUCCCUCAUCGAUGGUCUCCAUUUAGCCUCGUUUGAACCUGUGCAGCUAACUCAAUCAUUUGUCAUCCAAACUGGGUACCAGAACAUUGUCAUUAUCAGUCUUCAGAUGUAUAACAGUGAUGUCAAAAACACUUAGGAUACAUGGAUGGUGGAUGUUUUUUUUCUCUUGUGUACUCCAGAAAUGCUAUAGUUAGCUUGUCCGCACUACACUAUACUGUACUUAUUUGCUAUUCUGUGUUCUUUAAAUGUACUACUUUAAACGCUUCAUAUCUGUACUUUUGAAAAAAAGAUAACUGACAAUGGGAAAAUGGCCUCCAGACCACGACAGGUACUCAGUUAUUUCUCUGGUACAAACAGUACAAGCUGUGCAAAUUAAACACUAUCGGAAAUCUG